AUGAUAGGUGCAAAAACCGUCCCCGGCCGAAGCACCACCCUGGGCCUUGCACAGCAGCAUGAUGGAGUCGGCGAUGUCACAGCGAAAAACCCCUUUUAUCAGGUGUCCUGCUGUGGGCCUGUUUCCUGGACCAGCUGCUGCCACUCUAGGUGGCCCUCUCUCACAGAGUCUUCUUGUAGCCGCCUGCUCUACAUCCUUCUCCACUUGGGGGCCUCAGCUAUCUGCUGCCUCCUGCUGUCUAGGACAGUGGUAGAAAGGGUCUGGGGCAAAGCACAUGGGAUCCAGAUGCCCUCAGUGCUGUGUGCCCACCUGUUUGGCAACUUGGACUGUCCAGUGCUCAGUGGCUCUGGGGCUGUGUAUCGAGUAUGUGCAGGAACUGCCACUUUCCACCUGCUGCAGGCUGUGCUGCUAGUCCGCCUCCACUCCCCCACCAGCCCACGUGCACAGCUGCAUAACAGCUUCUGGAGCUUCAAGUUGUUGUUCCUGUUAGUUCUCUGGACUGUUGCCUUCUGUAUCCCUGAUGAGCAUCUCUUCCCAGCCUGGCAUUAUAUUGGCAUCUGUGGAGGCUUCACAUUCAUCCUAUUACAGCUGGUGCUUAUCACAGCCUUUGCCCACUCAUGGAACAAGAAUUGGCAGACUGGCGCAGCCCAAGACUGUACCUGGCUCCUAGCUGUAUUACUGACUACCCUAGGAUUCUACAGUGUGGCAGGUGUGGGAGCUUUGCUACUGUUCCACCACUAUACACACCCUGAUGGCUGCCUGCUCAACAAGAUAAUACUCAGCCUACAUCUUUGCUUCUGUGGCCUCCUUUCUUUCCUCUCCAUCGCACCUUGCAUCCGCCUCAAGCACCCAAGCUCUGGCCUUCUACAAGCCUCUAUCAUCAGCUGCUAUAUCAUAUAUCUGACCUUCUCUGCACUGUCCAGCCGCCCCCCAGAGACAAUAACCUUUCAGGGACAGAAUCACACCUUGUGCCUGCCUGGCCAGAAUAAAAUGGAAUCACGAAUACCAGACACCUCGGUAGCAGUGUUGAGUGCGGGCAUCAUGUAUGCCUGUGUGCUUUUUGCUUGCAACGAGGCUUCCUACCUGGCUGAGUUAUUUGGACCCCUGUGGAUCAUCAAGGUUUACAAUCAUGAGUUCCAGAAGCCCUCACUCUGUUUCUGCUGCCCCCAAACAGUGGAACUAGAGGAUGGGCAAAGUUGCAGAGUCAGACCAACUGGCCAAGAGAGCCCAGCAGCCGCCCAGGUGCAGCGCCAGCAUCUUCCCUACAGCUACUCUGCCUUCCACUUCACCUUCGUUCUUGCCUCACUCUAUGUCAUGGUUACCCUUACCAACUGGUUCAGUUAUGAGGGAGCAGAACUGGAGACCUUCACUAAAGGUAGCUGGGCUACCUUCUGGGUCAAAGUUGCCUCAUGCUGGGCCUGUGUACUCCUCUCUAUGGGGCUGCUCCUGGCACCACUGUUGGCUCCCCACUAAGAAUCACCACCACCCUGGUACCUUCAGGCAACACUGCCAUCACGUCAGUACUGCAAGCUCUGGGAGUCAUCUGGCUGA